AUGGGCUGCAAGUGGUCGAAGCACGCGCUGCAUGGGGGCUGCAGUGGGCUGCCGGCUGCGCGACCGCCGGAGCCGCAUCAGCAGAGGCGCUCAUCGGGCCGCCUGCAGGCGCCGCCGCCGCGGCACUCCGUCGCGCUGCGGUCGUCCACGCUCGGGACGCUCAGCCUCGACCGCGCCGCGGCGGCCGUCGCGGCAGCGAGCGCCCUUUCUUUCGACGCCGCCGCAGGAGGAGGGACGAAGCUGCUCGGGCCGUCGCGAUCUUUCGGCAGGUGUUGGUGCCCGACGACGCCACCGCCCGUGGCGGUGCCGCUGCGGCCGAAGCGGCAGAAGAGGGUGGCGGCGGCGAGGGUUGUUGUCGCGCCGCCACGGACGCCGAACAAGACGCCGGUGCGCGACCCCGAGGAGAUCAACGUGUGGGAGCUCAUGAAGGGGCUCGACGACGACGACGAGGAUGAAGAGACGGACGACGACGGCUGCGUCGUCCACGCCGGCGUUGAGCGGAAGAAGGCGCGGUCGGCGCCCGGGUCCCCCCCGGUGUUCGACCCGGAACUCCUGGACGCGUUCCGGAAGGCGCUCGACGACCUGACGACAACACCUGACUCGCCGCCUCUUCCUGCUGAUUUCGUCAAACGCGACGACGGAGGCAGUAAUGACGUCGAGAAGCGCGCCGAAAUUCAGACGUUCCCGGGCAUCGUGCGGGCGCGGGUCGACGUGUUCCAGGAAAAGAUCAACGCCAAGACGAAGCUAGCCAAGAACACAUCGCCGCCGGAGAGCGCGGGCCGAGUCGUCGUGUACCUCACGAGCCUCCGCGGGAUCCGGCAGACGUACGAGGAUUGCUGGUCCACGAGCGCGAUCCUGCGCAGCUACGGCGUGCGCGUCGACGAGCGCGACCUGUCCAUGCACGCGGGGUUCAAAGACGAGCUCCGCGCCGCGCUCGGCGACGGCGACGGAGGCCGCCGCCUGCCGCAGGUGUUCGCGGACGGCCGGUACCUGGGCGGCGCCGAGGAGGUCCGCCGCCUGCACGAGACCGGGGAGCUGGCGUCGGCCCUCGGUGCCUGCGACGCGGCGCCGCCGUGCGCCACCAAGGGAGCCGCCGGCGCGCAGGACGCCUGCUGUGCUGGCUGUGGCGGGGUGCGGUUCGUGCCGUGCGGCGGGUGCUCUGGCAGCUGCAAGGUGUUCGUGGAGGACGAGGAUGGCGGCUCCGGUGGCGGAGGAGCGUUCAGGCGGUGCCCGGAGUGCAACGAGAACGGGCUAGUGAAAUGCGCCGUUUGCUAG